AUGGGAUGGCCGUCCCCUCCCCUCGUCCUGCUGUGUCUGCUGGGCCAGUGCUGGGCCGCCUGCCGCCUCUCCCAAUUCGCCUGCGACAACGGACGCUGUGUCGAGUCAGGAAGGUUCUGCGACGGCAACGACGACUGUGGAGACUUGAGCGACGAACCGCCCGCCUGCACAAAUUGUAACCGAACUUUUUUUGCGGAGGCGAAUGUAAAGACACCUUUACGCAUGACGACUCCCUUCCAGAGACCCCUACCUUAUGUCUGCAAUAUGAAUUUCGUUGCGGCGGGCGGUCAGUAUGGUGACAUUGUCCAGCUGACAUUCCUUUCUUUUCAAAUAGGAACUCUUGAGCAGGAUGAAAGUCUCUCUCCAGCCUGUUUGAAAGGGUAUCUGCAAAUCAUAGAGCCACCAGCAAUGACAAGUGCUUUGCGAAGUCAGCAAACGAGGGGCUUCUCCCAGCUCAUGUCUGCUUUGAAAGAACCCACGGAGCAACUGUCUUCCCUCUUCGACACCACGAGGGGGACUCCAGAAUUCGGUCGCUUGUGCGGCGAUAUGAUUGGCAAAAGUGCAACCUUUUACACCGAGGGUAACAAUGUCACAUUACGUGUCGUCAUACCAGGAAAAACUGCCCUACAUCCUUUUUCAUUCAGUGUUUAUCUAACGUACAAGUAUUUAUCUAAAGACAUGAUAUCACAACCGACAGGGGCACAAACGCCGCAACCAACUGUGCAACAUGAACAGCAUCAUCAACAGCAGCAGCCACAGCAGCAGCAGCAUCCAGCCGCUGUCAACACACCAGUGCUCAUAAGCAACAGCAACUAUUACGGGACGAGGCUUAUGAACACUUACUGUGACAGAGUACUUGUUAAUUGUGAUCGCAAACGUUGUUCAAUUCGAUCGCCUAAUUUCCCAGGAUUUUAUUUAAGAAACAUUACUUGCCAUUUUUGGGUGAGACAGGAUCACGUGCCACACGGCAAGCAUGCGAAUAUUGUGCUAUCACAGACUAACGAAUACAAGAUAUCGCUUUACACUGGAAGGUCAAGUCCCAUGUCGUUCCCUCAUGUGUCUUUAACGGAAGAAUGCCAUAGUGACGUCAUCAGGAUAUUUGAUGGACCUAGCACGACAUCACCACUUUUGAUUGAGUUUUGUGGAGCUGGAAAUCUUCCUGAAGUGAUAUCAAGUAGUCCUGAAGUGUUAGUGCAGUUAUAUAGUGCACCAAACCAAGUGAUGCACAACUCAUAUGCAGAACUUAAUGUUGAAGUGCGCUUUUCUGACACCAUGGACUACAGAGCGCACAACGGACGAUGUGACUUUACCAUUGACGGCUCUAAAAGACGCCAUGGACUUGUAUAUAAUCCUAGGCAUACUGUUCCUCGAAACACAACUUGUUCCUUUCGGCUACAGGGAGAAAGCGCUCAUGAUCGCGUGUGGUACUACUUCUUGUCAUAUUUUGUUGAAGACAGACAUCCGUGGUCAAGGAGAGAAACUUGCGAAGUAGGAAAAUUAGAAAUUUAUGAGCUAGGCAGUAGUUCUAGGAAAAGAGACGCAGCGGCUCUGCUUGUCACUGGUGAUUUAGAUGAAGACACUGCAGAAAGGAUGUCUGUGGAAAGAAGGAAUGAUGAGCCUUCUUAUAAGUUCUGUGAAAAGACUUCACCGAAAGUGUGUGCGCGCGCGGGAGAAAACACAGAUUAUGUCCCAGUCCGUCCAUGUAAGGUUCCCCACGAAAGCUACUUGUCACGUGGUCCGGGUUUAGUCAUCCGGCAUAAUGUUUAUACAACACCCGAAUUAUCAUCAACUUCCAGCAGUUCGUUCACUCUGCGAUAUGAGUUUGUGGAUAUGAGGCAGCAUGGUAUACCAGUUUCUGGAAGUCCAUCUUCUUGCAAUCGUCGAUUCGACAGUCGCACGAACCAUAUCGGGACUGUCUCAUCCCCUAAGAACAUUUUUCUGUUCGGUAGGGGUGGUUCAGAUAACAUUUCGUGUUCUUACGAAUUCAUUGGACUGCCCAGUGAACGUGUUGUCUUGACAUUCACGGAUAUACGACUGCAGUCCUCAAACUGCGAACACUUCUACGAUUCUGUGGUUCAAAGACAUACGUGCAAAGUUUAUAGAAACACGGGAGGUGUUUUGCGAACAGCUGUGAUUAACGUUGUGGAGAAAACAACGGGGCACGUGCAAUCUCCCCUUGCAUGUUUUUGUGAUUUGAGAUCGCAGCCGAGACGACCACUUGUUAUUGAAUCAGUGACAAAUCAUGUGUUUGUGUCGUUUUCAGUGAGUGGAAUGACUCCUUUUGAUGACUUCAAACAAUUUGGAUUUGAAGCUGUGUAUGAGUUUUUACCUAUUUCAUUAUGCGAAGCAAAUAUUCGGCGCAAGAAUGGAUCCAGUGAAGGUGAAGUUAUGUUCCAAGUGCCAUCUACAGUUGAAGGUCGAGCUAUGCCCCUACGUUGCCGCUGGCUUCUAGAAGCAGCCCCCCACAAGUACCUCUACCUGAGGUUCAAAGGUACUGAUGGUUCUGAGGGAUGUCUCUCUGGAAACAAAAUCAUCGUCUAUGCUGGAAUUCCCGUGCAACCACUUUCUGUAGUUUGUCUCCACGGGAAUGGCGAUCACAAAUCUUCCAUUGCCGGAGUCGAAUCAGCGUCAUCCUCAAGAGCAGGGACAGACAGAGACUCGAUGACCAAUCGUGGGGAAGUGGACGUUUUCUCUGACCACUGGUACAACGAGUCAGCACUCGGUACCGGUCGCAUACUUCGAGACCAUGUGUUCAUUGAAGUGUUGGCCAACCAUGCAGAGAUGGUUCAUUUCGAAUGGAUAGAAGUAACUAAACCUUUUAGAAGGAGAACGGCGACCAUUAAUGGACAAAUCGACGGAUGCACUUUUGAGUGUCCAGAACUGAAUGCCUGCAUCGGGGCUGAGUUGUGGUGUGAUGGCCGCCGACAUUGUCCUUCCGGUUAUGACGAAGCACCCGCCCAUUGCGACAGGUUUCCCACACCCUAUGUAGUUGCUGGAGCGACUGCAGGGGCACUGCUUUUGCUUCUAGUCCUCGCUCUCGUGACGUUGCGUUGCAAACGACGGGGUGAGUUCAAAGAAUCCAGACCAGUGCCAACGGAAGAUUUUCCAAUGGAUAGUCCACAUGUUUGAUAAGUUAGGGUUUUCCGUGAAAGGAAACUGCGAAGAAUACGAAUAGCUUAUAUAACUGAUUAGAAUUAUAAAAUUGAAACUACUGAGCAUUAAUUUUUUUGGAAAAAUGAAAGUAAAAUGCUCAAAGUACG